AUGAGCUUCCAGGAUAUCCCCACACUCCAACAGCUGGCAAUCCAGGGGCUGGCGAGUAAUGAAGACGCAGCUGUCUCUGCUCUGAAGGACCUGCCCAAAGUCUUCUUUCCCCUACUGUUCAAGAAUGCCUUCAUUAAAAGACACGUAAAACUUGUGAAGCAUAUGGUAGCAAAUUGGCCCUACCCAAACCUCUAUAUCGGCCCCCUGAUGGAUUAUUACCAUGUUGAUACCUUCCAGGCUGUGUUGGAUGGAGUGGAUUGGCUGAGUAGCCAGAAGGUUCGGCCUAAGAGGUGUAGACUGAAAGAGCUCAAUUUGGUGGAUGUCAACUGUGACUUCCUGGAAAUAUGGACUCCAACACGGGAUCUUCUCCGAGUCCCACCAACACAAUCAGAGGAGGAAGAGGAGGAAGAUCACACAACAGAGAUGGUGCAACCAAUAAGUGUUCAUGCUGACUAUGUCUUCCUGUACCCCAUUCUCAAAUAG